GUCGAUUAUGUUGGUAAUGAUAUGUUUACGGCUUACAUUGAAUAAAAUAGUGAUUUGUUUGCGGCGUUUUUUGUGCGAACUGAAAAAAGAAAUAAAUGGGCGUGUAGGAAAGAAAUUUUCAAUUUCUAUAUUACUCUAAAAUGGAAACGAGUACCGAGCAAACACCCAUAGCUACAGAAGCCACUUCUAAUAAUGAACAGGAGCACAAUGAAGAGGGCAUGGAAGAAACUGAAGAUUAUAGUUUCGAUGGUGAAGAUUAUAGGCAUUUCGUACCACGGGGUCGAGGAGGAUUUAGAACGAAAGAUGCUGAAGAUGUCUACACUUGGGUAAAUGAUUCAGACGUAUGGUACGUAAAGUACUUAGUCACGACAUAUAACAAUAAUUUAAGGGGUCGUGGUAGAGGUGGGUUUGAUUUUCCCAUGAGAGGUGGACCUCCGAGAUUUAGAGGAAGAGGAUUUGGACCUAGAGGACCAAUGUUUCGGGGAGCCAAUAACGGAUUUCCAUUUGAGGGACCUCCUAGGCCAAAUUGUCCACCGGGCCCAGCAGGACCACGUUUCCGAGGGCCACCACCGUUCGAUCCUAGUUGGGGACCUAUGGGGCCACCGAAUCUGAUGGGACCGCCAAACCUUAUGGGACCUCCAGGAAUGAAACAUAGAGAGGCGUAUAAAUACCUUAUUCUAACACUUGGAAUUUUGUUACAGAUUCCAGGUCAGCAGCAACCGCAACAACAGGCCCAACAACAAGCAAACAUUCCAGGCUUAGAUCUCAAUGGAGAGGUAUGGGUAGAGACGAAAACACCAGAUGGCAAGUCUUAUUAUUAUAAUAUUCGUACAAGGGAAACUACUUGGACAAAACCAGAGGGACCAAAUGUUAAGGUCAUGGUACAAGACCAGUUAGAACAACUAGUACAUGGAGCUUCUAAGCAAACAGGCUCAACUGGUACUUCUACUUCAACAGCUACUACUCCCAAUCAAAUGAAUGAAAAUAGGGUGUCUCAAAAUACUGAGCAGUCUUCAACAAAUAAUGCAGAUGCAAUCAAUCAACUGAGUACUGCUCCUCCUGGUACAGGUCCACCUCCUACACUUGGUGAAGCACCAGACAUGAAUGCACAAUCAACUGAUACAACACAAGCAAAUGGUACAGCGCCUACAACUGUAACUAAUACUCCAACUAUGAAUACUCCAGCAGUAAAUACAAAUAUGAUGCAACCUCCUCCUAAUAUGAUACCUAUGCAACACAGGAUGCCGAAUCAGUUUGGUGGUCCAAUUGCAACACAGUUUGGAGCAGCCCCUUUUGGUAUGCCGCCGCCAGGAUUUCAGCCUUUUGGAGGCUAUGGUCCACCACAAGCAAAUUGGGGUAUGCCACAAAUGCCACAUGGAGUCAUGACUCCCCAAGCUCCGACAGAAGACCCUGCUAUAUUAUCUCAGCUAGAUCAAGACUUAGUAGCGUCUGCUAUGGUAUGGACUGAACAUCGAGCUCCGGAUGGAAGAUUAUAUUAUUAUAAUAGUAAAGCUGGAGAAUCUGUUUGGGAAAAACCACAAGCUUUAAAGGAUCUUGAAAAUGCAAAAUUGGCGCUACGACAAAAAACAGAAGAAGCAGCUGUCAAUUCUGCAAGUGCUGCCGUGACUGCUUCCACUGUUACUAGUAACAAUAUAGUUACUGAACCCACAAAACAAGAGAAACCUCAGGAAAGUAAUCAUGAAACCAAAGAUAGUAUAAAAGAAGCAGACGCUAAUAAACCGAAAAAAGAGGAAGCUAUUCCUAAAGAAGCUGCUAAACCUCAAGACAAGUCUAGACCAAUUUCUAGUACUCCCGUACCUGGAACUCCUUGGUACAAAAUUAAUUCAGUAGUUUUUAUGAUGGUGUGUUGUUUGGACGGGUGACGGACGCGUAUUUUUUUAUAAUCCCUCAUCGCGUAUUUCUGUCUGGGAAAGACCAGAUGAUCUCAUUGGUCGUCAAGAUGUUGAUAAAAUGGUAUCUACACCUCCAGAUGCAGUGGUACCUCCUAAACCGACGCGUCAGUCAGAUACAAGUGAAAGUAGUGAUGAUGAUCAACCAACACCAGCGAAAAAAAUAAAGCAAGAAGAUACAAAAACUGCAGCACCAAAGGAAGAAGAGGAAAAAGAAAAUAAAAAAACUAUUGAUAUCGGGAAAGAAGCUGCAAUAGAGGCUGAAGUACGAGCUGCCAGAGAAAGGGCAAUUGUUCCUUUAGAAACAAGAAUUAAAUCGUUUAGGGAUAUGCUUGCAGAGAAAGAUGUAUCCGCAUUUAGUACAUGGGAAAAGGAGCUUCACAAAAUUGUGUUUGACCCUCGGUACUUACUUUUGACGUCGAAGGAAAGAAAGCAAGUUUUCGAGAAGUACGUGAAGGAGAGGGCAGAAGAAGAGAGGCGAGAAAAGAGGAACAAAAUGAAGGAACGGAAAGAACAAUUUCAAAAAUUAUUGGAAGAAGCUGGUCUUCAUGGAAAAUCUUCAUUUAGUGAUUUUGCUCAAAAACAUGGGCGUGAUGAACGGUUUAAGAAUGUAGAAAAGAUGCGUGAACGGGAGAGCCUAUUCAACGAAUAUCUGCUGGAAGUGCGAAAGAAGGAAAAAGAGGAAAAAACAGCAAAACGAGAACAGUCAGGAGGCAGGCAGGACAGGUUCCGUAUGUGGAGUGGCUUGGUUCUGAAGCUGGUUGGUGGCAUGGAUGAUGUCAUCUACCAUCCCCACCUACACUGCGUGGCACAGUUGGCACACCCUCGCGCGCCGCAUUCUUUACUCCAAAGCAGAGUCAUGAGAAUGAACGAACUCGGUGAAAAAGGAAUUCAUAGCGAUGCUACGUGAACACAAAGACAUCGACAGGCAUUCGCAUUGGAGCGAUUGUAAGAAAAAAUUGGAAUCAGAUUGGAGGUACAGAGUCGUAGAGUCGGCAAGCACGAGAGAAGAUUGGUUUAGGGAUUACAUUCGUAUGCUAAAGGAGGAGAGGAAAAAGGAGAAGGAGAAAGACAAAGACCACCGGCACAGAGAUAAAGAUCACCAUAAAUCCGAGAAGAAAGACAGAGACCGAAAGGAUGUUGAUAAGUACAAGGAAAAAUCGUCGAAGGACCGAGUUGACAAGGAUAAUUCGAAGGACAAAAAGCGAAGGAAUGAAGCACCUUCGGAGGAAAACGGCAAGGAAAAAAAGGAGGCAGUGGCGGAGAAAGAAAGCGGCGAAAUCGAAGAUAAUGAUGAAAAACCAUCGAAGAAAGAAAACGAUAAGGAGAACGCGGAAGACCAGUCCGAUUCAGAAGAAGAUCGCGAAAAACAGAAACGAGAGCGUGAAAGAAGAGCAGAAGCUAGUCUUCGUGAAAGGGAGAGAGAAGUUCAAAGAACUCUUGCUACGCAUCUUCGCGAUAGAGAUAAGGAGAGGCAGCAUCAUCGCCAUACGGAAGCAGUACAGCAUUUUAGUGCUCUUCUUGCAGAUUUGGUAAGGAAUGGUGACUUAGCGUGGCGAGAAGCAAAACGACAAUUGAGGAAAGAUCACAGAUGGGAAUUAGCUGAAAGCUUAGACCGCGAGGAGAAAGAAAGACUAUUUAAUGAACAUAUAGAGCAACUUAGUCGUAAAAAGCGUGAUAAAUUCCGUGAAUUGCUUGAUGAGGUAGGAGCCUCUACCGAACUUACCGCCUCAUGGAGGGAUAUAAAGAAAUUACUAAAAGACGAUCCUAGAUAUCUGAAAUUUUCAUCUAGUGACCGGGUACGUAACAUAUUUCAUCUUACAUGGGAAUGAAACGAAACUUAUUACUGAUAAGACGUAUAAAAAAGUACAAGAAAAUAGUGCACAUUUAGCCGAAAUUGAAGAAAUUUUGAGAAAGGAUCGAAGAUUUCUUGUAUUAGAAGCAGCAGCUGCUGAACGGACGCGGUUAUUAAUGGGAUAUUUGGAAGAAUUGGCGCGUAGGGGUCCACCUCCACCACCUACUGCCUCAGAACCUUCAAGAAGGCCAACUACAAAUUAACGAGGUCCGCAUCGAAGCAUGGUAUAUAUAUGGUGUCCAAAUAACAAAUCAGUGAUUGAAUUUAUAGCUGUAGUUGAAUUGAAGUACUUUACACACGAGAUGAUUAUCGCCUGUAAUUAUAGGAAUCAAUAAAACUAACGCCAAUUCCACACAGCUAAAAUGUGUGUCAUACUGUAAAGAUGCCAUAGUGUAAGCAUAUCAUUAUUUGUUGUAUUACGUUAAAAUAGAUUCUAGUUAACGAAAAAAAAUUAUUAAUAAUAUUACAUAAUAAUAUCAUAAAGUGCGAAUUUUAUACAUAUUUUAUCCAGGUUUGUUACAUAAGCACCUCAUUAUGAAUAUUUUGUAUGAAAAUUACAUGAGAGUUACAAUGACCACUGUUUGUUGCACUCUCGACUAGUUUAAAAGCAUGUGCAGUGAAUUUCUAUAAACUGAUGUUAAAAUAUAAUAGUCCAAAAAUAUAUCGAUCCUUGUAUCUAAACCGAAAAAAAAAAAUGUAUAACUUGCAACAAUCACACACAACAAUUUUUCGAUGGAAUAUAAUUCGGAAAUCAUAUUUUCAAUGUUUGAAUUAUUUUUCUUAUACAGCUCUGUUGGAUUAUGAAACGUAAGUAUCCUACAAAACAUUCUCAAUAUUUGAAAUCAUUUGAUUCUAAAGAAAUCAUACAGAGAAUGUUAUAUAUUGUUUACAAUCAACUGAUUAUUGUUCAUCAUUUGUUAAUGUGGCAUUUUUACGGUACGAAAUUCUUAAUCUCAUAGAAUAUAUUAGGAAAAUAUAUUUUCUUCAAUAAACUAUUCAUAAAAAUUAUGAUAAUCAGCAUUUACACGUAUCCCCAAUGAUCUAUUGUAUUAUUUACGUUUUAUUUCCAAUGUUUUGUGAUAUUUCAUUACAGACUCAUUAUAGAAAACGAAAAAAAAAAUGAGCAAUAAAAAUUAUCAAAGAUUCAACAAAUUAUCACAUUAAUUUAUACAUUUUAUUUUAUAUUAAGAAAUAUCAAAAUUGCUUAUUUUUCAGCUCAAAAAUAAUAAUUUACACUAUAUGUAAUGAU